AUGCCAACCGAGCUCAAAUUGAACGUUGUCUUCCAAAGAGUGUGCGACAACGAGAUGUUUCAACUUCGCCUCAUUGUGUUUCAAUCAAUUUUUUUUUUAAAACUCCCAUAUGCCGCCGCCGAGGUGGAUCUCGGAGGCUUGACCCAGCCUCGUCGAAAUAAAGCCGAGGAGAAAACGCCUUCAGGGUGUGAUCGCUUGAGUAAUAAGGUGUUGAGGAGUAGAGCCGAGGUGGAUAGAACUUGUGACGAGGCGAGAUUUCGGCAUCGUGAUGCUGAGGUUGACCCUCCUUUUUCACCGAGGCGAACCGUAGGAGACGACGAGGUGUAUCUCAAAGUUUACAGGGUAUCGAUUCUGGGCGGUGAAGACAGAUUUUGUUGUCGUUGUCCUGAUGGAGCCGAGGUGGAUACUUCUUGUGACGUCGAAGUGGAUUAUCACUGA